AUGGCUCUGAACUGCUGCCCUGUUAAUAGGGACACAAAUCAAAUUUUCAUUUUGGCAUCUCUACAAAAUCACUCUACACAGAAUGCAUUCAAGACCAAAUUACUCUUAUUGGAUGCUUCAACUGUAAUUUCUAUAAUGCUGACAUAGUUAUGCCUUUCUGUGAUAUGUUGGAAGGCUUCUAGUGGACCGUAAACAUACAAAUACAAUUAUUCGUCACUUCAUUAUUCUAAAACUUAGCAAAACAAUAUCUAAAGUAAUGUCAUACAGAAUAAGGUUGCUAAUUUAUGUAACCAUUAACAAUAAACAAAAAAAUCUUCCACCUGCACGGUUUAAAGCUGACUGUGAAUCCGAGCACAGCAUGUGUGAGAUGUAAGGACUACAAUAGUGUAUUAUACACAAGAACUAAAGCAGCACCGACCUAGUGGUUUCUAAUGGCAGGGUUGUAUUCCCCUUCUAUCUCUAUCCCCACAUUCCUGCCCUAUUUUUGGCACGACAUUGAUUCUAGUAAACUAACUCUCACAACAAAAUACUGGAUUACAGUUCAAACAAGGUCAGCUUACUGUGAAAUACUUUUGGUAUUAACAAAUUACCCUUCAAGACGACCAUGCUACUAUGUGCAUACCUUUCACUUCCAAUACCCUCUAUUUGCCCUUAAAAACUAUGACAAAUGAACUGUUUCUUGUUUUAUACAAGAAAAUUAAUUGACUCUAUGAUAUUUUAAAAAUAACCAUGUGUCAAUUCUUAAAAAGCUGUUGCAUGAGCUAAACUCGACAGUGGAAACUGUUCCAGUGGUCAGCAGGAGGAUAUUUCUUUCCCCACAUAACUUUAGUCCAAAUCGGUUACUUCUGUCUAUUUAUAUCCUCACCCCAAGUCUUAUUUUGGGCAUUGUUACUCUGUAAACUCUUUCAUUACACUGUGACAGGUUGUUUCAACAGACUUCUCGAAUAACUAAGAGGUGAUGACAGUGUAACUCUAAUCAAAAGAUCAUCUUUAGUGCAAAUACUCUAUCAUCCCCACACUCUCUUCUGUCAUCCUGGAGUUAUUCACGCUACUAUUUGCUCUGAUCUGCGCAGAUACAGUCUCUUAAAUGUAAAGCCAGUUCGUUUUAUUCUCAGGUGUGGUGUUUAUUCGAGAACGCGCAAUGUGCAUGCUCAACCCAACACUGUAUAACACGGGAUAUGCCUUUGGGAGCUGAGGUAUUAACACUUAUUUCUGAGGUUAAGAAGAGGUUGCCUUCCAGAGGCGUGGGAGGGGUCUUGGAUCCUGCCUGGUCAUCAAAGCCCUGUGAGGAAAAAUGGCCACCAGACGUGCUCAUCUUGAGGAUGACCUUUCCUGUCCAAUUUGUGGACAUAUUCUCAGUCUGCCAGUGGUGCUCACUUGCAGACACAGAUUCUGUAAAACCUGUCUAAAAGACAGCUGGGAGACACAAGGCAGUGGGGAUUCACACCACUGUCCUCUGUGCUGGCGCCGCUCCUCCAUGGAUCAAAUGGUGGUGAGCACUCUGCUGGAGAGGUCCUGUGAAUCCUUCAAGCAGGACAGAAGCAAGAAUGAUCCAGGGGCUUGUAAGGAGCAUGGAGAAAAGCUCACACUGUUCUGUUUGGAGGAUUUGGAGCCAAUCUGUGGUUUGUGUGGGAAAGCAGCUGCACACAUUGGGCACAGGCUAUAUCCCAUUGGGGAAGGUGCUCAUGACUGUAAGGAGGAACUGAAGAGUGCCCUGCUGCCUUUGAAAGAGAAGUUGCAGCUGUAUAAGAAGGCGAGAAUGGUCUGUGAGGAAAUGGCAGAACAUGUCAAGAACCAAGCUGAGCAUACCGAAACACAGAUCAAAGAGGAAUUUGAAGCCCUUCACUGUUUCCUGAAAGAGCAGGAGGCUGCCAGACUCUCUGCUUUAAAGGAUGAGGAGGAUCAGAAGGAUCUGAUGAUUAACCAAAAGAUUGAGGAGAUGAACAAUGAAAUUAUAUCUCUCUCCAACACCAUCAGAAUAGUGGAACAGGAGAUGAGAUCUCAAGAUAUCCCAUUUCUUAAGAAUUACAAGGAAACAAUAAGGAAAACCUGGCGAACUUCCCCAGAUCCUGAAAUGAUUUCUGGUGCUCUGAUUAAUGUGGCCAAGCACUUGGGCUCUCUGAAAUAUAAAGUGUGGGAGAAGAUGAAGAAAAUAGUUAAAUAUAAUCCUGUGAUUCUGGAUCCCAACACAGCAGCUAGCUGCUUCAUCCUCUCAGAGAGUCUCACAGUUGUGCAAAACUGUACCCAGAAUUUCAAACUGCCAGACAACCCAGAACGUUUCGACAUUAGUGCUGAGAUGCUGGGUGCUGAGGGCUAUUCUUCUGGACGCCACACCUGGGAUGUGGAGGUGAAGGACAACACCUACUGGGUGUUGGGAAUAGCCAGUGAGUCCAUCAACAGGAAGGGCAAGCAUGUGCUGACACCAGCAGAGGGAUUCUGGUCUAUUAGGUUUCGCAAUGGAGAGCAUAAGGCCUGCACAGCACCAUGGGAGCCACUGAACAUGAAAAAAAAUCCAGAAGUGAUAAGAGUAGUUUUGGACAUGGACCGAGGCAAGGUGACCUUUUAUGACCCUGGAGAGAGAACGCCUCUCUAUACCUUCAUGAAUGUCAUCACACCCAGAGCCUUUCCUUACUUUUGCACUGCUUGCAAAGAGCAUCCAUUGAAAAUCCUACCCACAAGAAUAUCCAUGUCAGUGGACCCCUAAUUUCAUUAAACUCAUUUUGUUUUUCAUUUUUCUUUUGCAAGAGUUGAUGGUGGGUAAUAACUGCUUUUUAAUUUUUUUUUAAUCAAUAACAUAACAAACACUGGCAUGUUUUAAAAUAUUUAAUUUGAGUUACAACAAAAUGUAGUCUGGGAGACCUGGAAUUGAAAAUAGCUUCACAAUCUUUAACACCUAUAUAUAUAUAUUUUUAUAUAUAUAUAUAUAUAUAUAUAUAUAUUUAUAUUACUACAAGGAUAAGAUUUGUUACAUAAAACGAGUCACCAUGUGUGACUCAGCUUUGCAUGACACAAAAUCACUACUGUGAUUUCCAAUCUUUUGAGCUGUUCCCAAAAAAAGCAUUAAAAAACUGAAACGUGGAUCUGAAGUUUCAUUUAAGGCACAUACAGUAACUUUUGUGUAUUUGCAAACCCGUGCCACUGUACAGAGGUUCAAAUAUGACAUGUGAGAUUAGUUUUUCAUUGCAUUAAAAAAAAAACUCUACGGUUAGUGUUUGAUCUAGUUGCCACAUGUACUGCAUGUUGAAGUCUUUCAGCCUGAUCCAAACACACAGCAGUAACUCCAUAACUUCACACUCAAGUAUUGCUUACCCUACACAGAAUUAUUCUUUGCAGCAUAAAUGGGUAUAUACCCUGUAACAGUUUGAUGUGAUACUACUCCUUGCUGUCCUAACCACAUUACUGUAACAUGUAUCCUAUUUUAAAUGGACUGUGGGAGAUACCCACUCUAAGUGUAAUGCUCAAAGGCGUUUUGAAGUGUUCAUUUAAUAAUUAAAAAGAAGUUAUUAAAAAGGGAAUAAAUGCCCUUCCAUUA